UCUGCCACGCGCCUGAGCCCGUAACUGCCACCAACGCGCGCUCGACGAGAGGAGAGACAGAGAUGGCGCAGGUCUGGGCGGUGUUCCUGGCCGUGGGGUCGCUCGCCAUCGGCAUGCUCGGGGUGCUCGGCGUCUGGCUCUGCUACCUGUUCCAGGCCGUGGCGUUUGGCCCGCCCCCCGCCCCGCCGCCCGAGACGCCGGAGACGGUCGACGACGACGACGACAAGAACGGGCUAUCAGAGGCGGAGCUGAGGCAGCUGGGCGGGGUCGUCCAGGCGGCGACCCCGAACGGCGAGGAGGAGGAGGAGGAGGUGCUCUGCCCUAUCUGCCUCGACGCCAUGGAGCCCGGCCGCGCCGUGCGCGUCCUCCCCGGCUGCAACCGCGCCUUCCACCAGGACUGCGUCGACCGGUGGCUGGCCAUCUCGCCGCGCUGCCCCGUGUGCAACAUCUGGGCCACGCCGCAGUCGCCGCGGGCCUCGCCGACGGCGGCCAAGACUGCUCCGGCUCCAGGGUGCUGACAUGGGCGCGGCGCGCGCGCGUUCUUGGUUCUUGACGAUUCUUGGUCUGGCUCUGAACCUCUGAUUACGAAGCCUUCUUGACCAACUCUAGUUAGUUUUCUUGGCUCUUGUGAGUCCUUGUCUGCUAGUACAUGGUUGUGUAUAGGAUUCUUGAACCGGAGACUGCAUGUAGUUACUGCGAUUCUAGAAAGAAAUGAGUAGGCUUUUUGCAGAUUUGGUUCCUUUUCUUCUAUAUCAGAUCGUCACAUUUGGCCGCAUUGGGUCUGUUUGAUGAACGAGAAGCAGUAAAUGC